AUGCAAAUAGCCCAGACAAAACCGCAAACCCAACUACUCAAGGGCGAGUGGAGUCACGAGCACAAAGAGCGAAGCGAGGCCCCCUGGAAGCAUUUGAAGGCGAAAUGGCAACAUGUAAGUGAGAUGCGACCCGCGAUACUCAUCAUAAGGUGCUCCAAGCACCAGCUAGCCACACGGACAACCCACACGCACCAGCACCCCAAGCAGACUCCCUGGGAUCCCCGCCCGCGCACAGGCGUCAGACACCCAAACAUACAGGACCGAGCUCGCGGUCGGGUGGCCUGGAAAAGCACUAAAUCAACACCACUUCUACAAGAGAGCCAAAAGUCAACACAGCACGGGAAAAUACACCUCAGAGCCAGUCCCGGAAAGACAGAGGACCCGACCCUCAAUCAACCUGUAACCCACAGAAUGGCGGCACACACCGAAACGGAAUCCAGGGACUGGUAUGGGGCACAGAACUGCGAGAAGCCACAGCCACACAUCUGGACAUUCCUGCUCAAAUAUUUCUCAAGCUAUACACAGAGCAAGGAGAACUCACAUAACCACAGGUCGCUGAGCCUCCGUUGA